UCCAAAAUGGCGGCGGUUACAAGGUCCCAGCAGUAAAAACCACCGAGCGAGCGACUGAAUGAAGUCAGCUGAUCUCAGUCUGCUGUCACGCAUCGGAGCACGCACCGUUUCUCCGCCGAGGCACGACAAGUAGACGACCACUUCACAUUCAUACGUUAGACUAACAAAGCUGUGAAGAUGGACCUAUCCAAGCUGCCCAAGAUCAGGGAUGGGGAGAGAGAGAGCGAGUUUGGAUAUGUCCAUGGAGUCUCUGGACCAGUGGUGACGGCUACCGCCAUGGCGGGAGCAGCCAUGUAUGAGCUGGUGCGUGUCGGCCACAGCGAGCUGGUUGGAGAGAUCAUCCGGUUGGAGGGAGACAUGGCGACCAUCCAGGUCUAUGAGGAGACGUCCGGCGUGUCCGUCGGCGAUCCUGUGCUGCGGACGGGGAAGCCUCUCUCCGUCGAGCUGGGCCCGGGAAUCAUGGGGUCCAUCUUUGAUGGCAUCCAGCGACCCCUGAAGGACAUCAACGACAUCACGCAGAGCAUCUACAUCCCCAGGGGCGUGAACAUCGGAGCCCUCAACCGAGACCUCAAGUGGGAGUUCAAUCCCAUCAAGAGCCUGCGGGUUGGCAGUCACAUCACCGGCGGAGACAUCUAUGGUAUGGUGUUUGAGAACUCCCUCAUCAAGCACAAGAUCAUGCUGCCCCCCAAAAACAGAGGCACAGUGACCUACGUGGCUCCUCCUGGGAACUACGACGUCAACGACGUGGUCAUGGAGCUGGAGUUUGAGGGGGUGAAGGAGAAGUUCACGAUGGUGCAGGUGUGGCCUGUCAGACAGGUGCGGCCUGUCACAGAGAAGCUGCCCGCCAAUCACCCGCUGCUGACCGGACAGAGAGUGCUGGACGCCCUUUUCCCAUGUGUGCAGGGAGGAACCACGGCCAUCCCAGGAGCCUUUGGUUGCGGUAAGACCGUCAUCUCCCAGUCCCUGUCCAAGUACUCCAACAGCGAUGUCAUUGUUUACGUGGGCUGCGGGGAACGUGGUAACGAGAUGUCAGAAGUGCUGCGGGACUUCCCUGAGCUGACCAUGGAGGUGGAUGGGAAGACGGAGAGCAUCAUGAAGAGAACAGCGCUGGUAGCCAACACCUCCAACAUGCCUGUAGCUGCCAGAGAAGCCUCCAUCUACACAGGUAUCACGCUGUCGGAGUACUUCCGAGACAUGGGAUACAAUGUGAGCAUGAUGGCCGACUCCACCUCCCGCUGGGCAGAGGCUCUCAGGGAGAUUUCCGGCCGUCUGGCUGAGAUGCCUGCUGACAGUGGGUAUCCCGCCUACCUGGGCGCCCGUCUCGCCUCCUUCUAUGAGCGGGCCGGCAGGGUGAAGUGUCUGGGCAACCCUGAGAGAGAGGGCAGCGUCAGUAUCGUAGGAGCUGUUUCACCUCCUGGUGGUGACUUCUCUGACCCCGUUACUUCAGCCACACUUGGUAUUGUACAGGUGUUCUGGGGUCUGGAUAAGAAGCUGGCGCAGAGGAAGCACUUUCCGUCUGUGAACUGGCUCAUCAGCUACAGCAAAUACACCCGUGCUCUGGACGAGUACUACGACAAGCACUUCCCCGAAUUCGUGCCCCUGCGUACUAAGUCCAAGGAGAUCCUGCAGGAGGAGGAGGACCUGGCUGAGAUCGUGCAGCUCGUCGGAAAGGCGUCACUGGCAGAAACGGAUAAAAUCACCCUGGAAGUGGCCAAACUGAUCAAAGACGACUUCCUGCAGCAGAACGGUUACACUCCUUAUGACAGGUUCUGUCCCUUCUAUAAAACGGUGGGCAUCCUAUCCAACAUGAUUGCGUUCUACGACAUGGCGCGGCACGCAGUGGAGACCACGGCUCAGAGCGACAACAAGAUCACCUGGGCCAUGAUCAGGGAGCACAUGGGGGAAAUCCUCUACAGGAUCAGCUCCAUGAAAUUCAAGGACCCAGUGAAGGAGGGCGAGGCGAAGAUUAAGGCCGACUACGCUCAGCUGCUGGAGGACAUGCAGAAUUCCUUCCGUACGUUGGAGGAGUAGAGUCCCCCCGUCUCUCGCAACCUCCUCCUCCAGUUUUCAUCUCUGACCCCUCCACUGCAGAAUCACAUUCCACCUCCUCGUAAUUCCCGGAACCUGUGUUACUCCCCCUGUGCUCCCCUGUGGGUGAUAGUGUGAGUGUGCGGACAACUUCGUGUGGAGGUACAAGAGAAAGAUGUACUGUAUUCAUAAUUAUUUGUUGCCUCAUAUCGGCCUACUCUGGAUCCUCUGCCUGGUCAUUGAUCAUGCGCGUGUGUGUGCGUGGAUUUGAUGUGUGUAUGAAUGAAGUGACAUCUUCCCCUUUUUGUUUCUUCCUUUCUACCCUUUACAUGAUUUCUGCCCGUGUAGCCGUAUCGCUCUGCCCGAAGAGGCUUGUUCGGUUGAUGUAUUGUAAUUCACAGACCAUCUGUACAGAAGAGUAUUGAAUAUAAAUUUAAUAAUAUCAGUCUAUUUAUUGCCAGCUUUUUGACCUGAAGGCUUUGUUCUUUCUUUUUUUUUCAUUUCUUUUUUCAUGGUUGUGUCUCAUGCCGUUCUGUGCCCGUGAACUGUGCUGUGUGAAUGUGUAAGCGUAGGACUCUUGGCACUCUGUUUGUUCAGUGCUUUCAUCAUGUUACUCUCCAAAGAAUUAAAACAUGGGGAAAAGAAUAA